AAAUAGCAGAGCACACCUCCACGCUUCUCCGUGGCCUUACUAUGGUUCACACAUGUGUGGUGGCCGGCUGUAGGAACAGAAGGACACCAGGCACCACCUUAUCGUUCUACCGUUUCCCCCGGGACCCCGAGAGGAAGCAGCGCUGGAUAGCUGCUGUGAACCGAGAGGGCUGGGUGCCGAACGACGGCAGUCGGCUGUGUAGUACUCACUUCAUCUCAGGUAAACAGGUGAAGAAUCCGCGUUCGCCAGAUUAUGUUCCCUCUGUAUUCACGACAGCUCCCUUAUCCCCAGAGAUGAAGGAGCCAGGUGCCUUAGAGAUUCUGGACAAGCAGGAAGCACGCGUGGAGGCGGCCAACGCCUUGUUGUUCCUGCAGGGCCAGGGCAGGUCUGCGGUGGGGGAACGGCACCAGGAAGAGCAUCCUGAGGAGAGAGAGCAGGAGGCCAUUGUGGAGGAAAGUGCAUCCUCCUCCCUCAGCUCAGAUGAAGAUGAUGAUGAGGAUGAUGAUGAAUCCGUGAGUGACAGCAAGAAAGGAAAGUUUGCUCAGACGUCAGAUGCACCUGUUAACUUUGAUGACAUCCUGAAAGCCUUGAAGAAGGAAAACCAGGCUCUUAGGGAGUCUGUGGAGAAAAUGUCCCUCUCUGAGAACUCCUUGAGGAACGAUGCAGAGAAAGUAAAGUUUUACACUGGUUUACCCAACUACUUUGUCUUAGAGACGGUCAUGUGGCUGCUGGCACCUCACAUGGAUGGGAUGAAGAACGUCAAGCUCUCCAAGUUCCAACAGCUGCUGCUGACACUGAUGCGGCUUCGUCUGGACCUCCGCAAUCAAGACCUGGCCUACCGCUUUGGUGUGAAAGUUGGCACUGUGACCAGAACAGUUCACCGGAUGGUCAACAUCAUGUCCUCCACUCUGGUGCCAACAGCUGUCUUCUGGCCCUCUAGAGCCGAGCUCCGGAAAAACCUGCCGGCAGCUCUGCGCACCUCCCACCCUGACUGUGCUGUUAUCAUAGACUGUUUCACGGUGCAUUUUGAGGAGCCGGUUUCCCGGGGCAACCAGCAGCAGCAGCAGCAUAGGGUAGUACCAACCUCUCAGGGGGUGGGGACAAAUUAUAAUGUGUUGAAGUAUCUGAUUGGUGUGGCUCCGCAAGGCGUUGUCACCUUUGUGUCCAGGGGCGUCCUGGGAAAUGUCAGUGACAAGAGCCUGGCUGAGGGCUGCGGAUUUCUGUGCAAGCUUCUCCCAGGUGACAUCGUAUUGGCGAGUCGCAAUCUCGACAUUGCUGAUUCUGUGGCUGCCCGCGGAGCCCUGUUUAAAAUUGCUGGUAGCUACCAGGGAGAGGAGUACGGGAGCUCAGAGGGCUCACCACUGGCGGAUACUUCCUCUGAGACAAUGAGUGUGCAGAGGCAUGUGGAGAGGGUGAUCUCCAUGGUGAAGCAGAGGUACGCCAUGCUCACGGGCCCAGUCGAGAGCCCCUUCACCACGGCCUGUGAGCGCACGUCGAACCUCUCAACCUUUGAUAAGAUUGUGCAAGUUGCCUGUGCCUUAAACAAUCUGUGCAUCUCUGCUGCUCCGCUAGAGUGAUUUGUACAGAAAUGCCUCGUGCCCACUUAAGUUCCCUUUACUGCUUUGGACCUCAUUCCAUGUUCUCCCACUACAUCAUUGUGUCAACACUACAUGAUUACUACAGAAAAUUAAUUUACACUUAUCCACUUUAAUUUUCACUUGGAGUACAUGUGACUCCCUGUUAUCUAGGUCAGUGUAUACUUGGAAAUGGGAGCACUUCUCCCAAAUCCAGAAACCACAUUGCUAAGAUGUGAUGUCAUUAAGUUAUGCAACUCAGCUGACAAAGAAUUGCAGACUUGCAAAGGACAUUAUUUUUAUUUUAUUGUUAUUAUUUUUUUUAAUUCAGGCUUUGAAUGACAACUGUGUGAGAAAAAUGUAUCUUUGUCUUCAUUAACCAUUUGUAAAUACUGAGAUAUCUAAACUGCAGUUUGGGUGCAGGCAGUGUUCCCACUAAUCCAGUCCUGUGCCCUGCAAGAGUCUGCAAGUUUUUUUUUCAUUCCCAGCAAACACUACAGCAGCUGACUUUACUGAAUAUUUUCUCCCUCUGUUGCAGAACAGGGGUUUGCUGGUUAAACCAGCUUUUCACAGGACAAAGAGAUUUAAAAGGUUAAAAUAACAAGAAUAACAUGCAUAGUAAUGGAACUCUUAGAUAAGAGAGUCUCCUGCCCAUUCACCUUCCAGGGAUAGAAAAAUGUCAUGGUUAAUGAGGGUUUUGAUGGAUUACUGGAUGCAAACUAACUGUAUUUUGGCAUUUUCAUGCAUUUUUGCAAGCCAGCUAGUUUUUAACAAUGGAACGCAAUCACCAUGGGAAGAUGAGUCUGGCAUUAAUUUAUGUGCUGUGCUCUCUGGCUUCCAAACACAGCUCACUUCUUGGGGGGUUUUGACCAUGUCCUCUGGGUCCACACAUGUUGGAAUGGCAGAUGUCUUCUGUAACAGAGACCUGUCGGUUUUGAUGAUUUUUUACACAGAAUAAACAUCCCUCCCUGCAGAAACUUAAACUGCUAGGUGGUAAAAUAACCAAACAGUUUUCACCACAGUUAAGGAUUAUACAGCGCUCAUGUAUUAGGCAAUGUGGAUGCUUGUCCACUCAGUGGUUCCAGCGUGGGCUGUAUAAUUAACAAUGAUGUCAAUAUUUACCAUGCAACGAUAGUGUUUAACAAAUUUGAGCAGGUAACUUUUUUAAAAAUAUUAAAAUACAGUGUUUUUCCAAAAUGGUUUAGCCUUUGUAUUUAAUACAAAGUUGGAGAUUUCUAAGAAUUCUCUUUGUGCUGGCGAGGAAGGAAAAAUUAGUGUUUUUCCCAUGGUUCCACGUUCUUUUUCCAUAAAUAUGUGUUGCUCUAAUUUCACAUAGCAUGGAACAGGACAAACCCAUGAUGCGGCCACUGACUGUUCACAAAGAAAAACUUCAUAGGCAGGGACUUGUUUACUGAAAUUAAAUGCUGUUCUCUUUGACAUGCUUCUGCAAUUCUUUACUGUCAUACUAAAUCAAUGAUUAGAAGUAAUGUGUUAUGAAAGGAAAGAUUUCCCAAAGGCGAUCAGUGUUCGUUCUGAGUUCAACACAGAAGCGCUGCUGAUGAGGUUUAAUUAACACUUUGUUCAGCUGAGCAUGUCAGAUUCAGCACUCAGAGAAUGUACGUUUAAUUUGUGACAGAUUAAUUCUCAUCGGCUCUGUUCAGCGUGUUCUGUUCUAAUUGAUUGUGACCAUGUUGAAACAUGAGUACAUACCACAGAAAUGUUUCUGUUAAAGUACAAGGCUGGGGGCUGUUUUCAGAAAAAGGUUACCAACCACUUUAAUGCGUUUUUUGAUGUUUUUAGUAGUUUGUCAGUUUAGGCUCAGAUACGGGCUUACAUGUAGUCAUAUAAACUGAAAAAUCUGUUUUGAUAUACAGUAUAUCUGAAGGAAAAAAAAUUCCUGUGUGAAACAAGACUCGUCCUGCAUUGCUGGUGCCUUAGUUUGUAAAGCUGGUACUGCUGUUAUAAAUCAGCCUGCGUUUUCUACAGAUAUUUAUUUUUGCAUCAUACAGCAUGCUUUAGACCCCUCUCUGUUUUGGUUACUAAGCUAAAUUUACAUUAACAGUCAGCGCUCCAGUGUAAAGCCUCCUUUAUCAUUACUCACUCUGCUUUUUGUGUAUCCAGUAAGACAUGUUCCCGUUCAUUUUUGUGGUAUAUUAUUCCCUCUUCUGCCAUUUAUGUGUAAAUUCCAAAUGAUGUCAAGUCUAUAUUAUAUUAUAACUUCACUCUUAAGAGAAAGGUUUUGAGAGAUUAAAUACUACAGCAGUGAUUCUUGUGCUUUGGCUCAGGGCCUAAAGUUAAUUGGAGAAGGUUUUUCAAACAAUGGGAAGCUUGCUCCAGCAACAGAGACUAAACUGGCCCAGUUCUGGUGCCAGGCUUUAAAAGGUGUUGGGUUCAUAAGCAGUGUUGGGUGCAGAUAGGCAUGCUAUGGUACCCCAAUGUGGAAUGUGCCUUCUGUUCUCAGGCCCCUGGAUGUCCUCCUCCCCCUUGGAUGGCUGUGUCUUUCCUGAUCUGUUAUGCUUUUCAUGUACUCAUAAUGUAUGCUGUUGGGGUUCCUUUAGCACAUUAGACUGAUUUUCUCUCUACCUUUUUUUUUUUGCUGGUGAGGUGGAUUUCUUUUUUUUACUCUAAACAAAACCGAAACAUGAAAUUAAUGAACGCUUCUGAAGAUUUUUUUAGAAUUCUGAAAUAAUAAUUGAUUUUGAGCAGUUUUAUCCUCAGUGAUACGUGUGCUUGUUUUGAUGAACAGACAUGGUUCCUUUCCAAAGGAAAGUCUUUGAUUCACCACACAGAUAUCUGCAAACUGGUCAACUUGAAUGCUUGUUGGUUAAAGGAUAGAGAAGACAGCGUUUAGACUGCAGAGUUGCUGCUAGACUGAGAGUAAUAAUUUGAAAGGUGUAUCAAGACAUUUUAAUGGGUACUAUGACAUCUUUAUCCUCGGAUUUUGUUAUUUUAUUUGUUGCUGUUGCUGCCUCUGAGAGCAUAAAAUGAAGCACUUCCUGUAGAGGAGUGGUAUCAGGGGAGACCAGACACCAGUGUUAAGAAUGGUUCAUGGCAAAAGCUUUAAUAAAUGAACGUUAGUUGUAUUUCUUUCAGCAGAAAGAACACAACUAUUCAUUUGGGUUUUAUAUAAGGGAGAGUAAGUUUGGCCAGUGGUCGAUGGUUCACUUUUUAUUUGUUCGCACUCUAAAAUAAACAAAGCUUCUAAGUUGAGAUGAAAGAAACGUGUUGACUGGUUAAUGUCUGUUUUUUGUAAACCCAGUUUUUUUUUUUGUCUAAGCUAUCCUAUAU